GCCUUAUUCCCAGCAUUAAUCUUAUCAAUACGAGAUCUGACCCAUAAUGCCGUGGUGUUUGCCUGGGUCAGCCCAUCUUCGGGUCAUGGGCUUGCCCAUUUCAGAGAUGGGGCGCGCCCGUGGGUAGGGGCUUGGCCGGUUGGCUCGUCGUUAAUACCCUCACUCUGGCAGCGCCAAAGCCGAUCUGGAAGCGAGAUCAGAGCUUAUCAGAUGUCCUAUGCUGUGUCAACUUUUUCAUAUCGUUUUAGCAUGCACGCCAGUCGUUAUUUCUCAUGCCACCUUGUGAUGCUGAGAAAUGCAGCAGAAAUGGGCUUUUCGAGGAUUCGCCGAGGCACAUUGGUACCAUCUCGUGAAAGAAGUUGCAUUUUGAAGACUAGGGAAUACCAACCUUCUGCUCCGUGUUGCCGUAAUUAA